AUGAAAAGGUACUUGAUUCUACUUCUCUUCACAUUAUCGAAAAGCAAAGAAAUAAAACUUUGCGAAUAUCUAAACGCCAUCGGAAAAGCAACUCCAGAAUGCGCCAGCGACGAAGUCACAGUUCAAAGUUUUUCUUGUCAAUUAUCAUCUGAAUAGUUUGUACUUUUCAGGAACCUCAGAAGACGUCGAGAAUGUGACGAGAAAAGAGGAGCUUCCGUCGCCGCUGGCCAAGAUUAUUUCGAAUAUUGAAAAGCGGGAAAAGACCAAGGGAAUGCACGCUCUACGGCACAGGCCUUCUUGCAACUCUGCCAGUAGCUUCAAGGUUCUCUUUAUCUGAAAACCUUCGUUGUUUUGAUGGAAUCUUGAAGUUCUGAAUUGAAAAUAAAACGAGUUUUUAAAAAUCUUCCAAAAUGUCUGUUUAAAUUUUCAAGGUUGGCUAUUUUUAGAGUUGUUUUCAUAGAUCUUUCGAUUAACUUCAUUGAUUAUUUAAUUAAGAAUCUUCCAGGAAUGCCAGAUCGACAGGACCUGCGCCUCUGGCUACAGUUGUCUGCAGUCUAUGGGCUCCAAAGAUCGGUGCUGUAUGACGAGAUCUUCCUCCGCUAAGCCACCCUCCAUUUUAGAGUAAUUACCAACAAAAUGAACCUUGAGAUCAGAACAAAAAUUGAGGUCUGGACAGUGUCCGACGGUGUCUAAAAUGGGCUACGUUUGCUCGAUUAAUCGAGCUCCUAUCGAUUGGUGCAAAAGGGACGAUGAUUGUGGGAAGAAUUCGAUGCUGAAGUGCUGCGAGACAGGUUUCUGGUUGGGUAGAACGAAAUUAAUCGUUUUUCAAAAUAAAUCAUAUAAAUAAACUCAUUUGAGGGGGGGAAGCCAAAAAAAAAUGUUUGCUUUUUACGUUUUUUACAGUUCUUUUCAGACAUCAAGUAUAGCUGAUUCACGGCUAACUUGAGCCAUCGAGAAAAGGGUCCUGCCACGAAAAGAGACGAGACAGUGCCCUGGUUGGUGGAGAGUGCAGACAGGCCACGCCUUUUUGCGUCCCAAGCUAGCCGUGAAUCGUCUAUAAAGUGACGUCAUUUGAAAAUACUAUGUGCAUGGCUCGCUCUCUGAUUGGUUCAUCGCGUCAUUAGGGGCGGAGCUUGAGCAAAAACGUGAAGUUUAAAAAAUGAACAGGCUGCAUCUAGGGUCGUUUCAGGCCUAGAAAUCUUCUUCUUCCUACGCCUUUGUACCGCUUGAGCGGCGUCGGCGCCCCAAGUCGAUUAGCCGAGGUCCUAUCCUGAUGAUAAUCAGUGGACUGGCUCCAGUGACAUAUCCGUCCUUGUGUGUGACGGCUGGGGAUUUUGAAGUCGUGGUCUCCCACUACCAACAUUUCUUAAACCCCUUGGUUGGGUCGGGGCGAAGAUCGAACUUGUGACCCUGCGGACCGUAGACAGGCACACAACCUGUUGCGCUACGGCGCGCCCCGUUUCAGGCCUAGAAAUAAAUAAUAUUAUAAUUAGAUAUCUUUAAAAAAGCUUCUGUCCAAAAUAUUCAACAGAAGAAAAGUUAUAAAAUCGGUUAUCGGAAACUUUUCUUAAUUUUCCUUUCCUAGAUAAAUUCGAAAUUGAAGGUUGCGGUUUCAAAGUGUGCGUUUCGCCGAGUCGACAGUCCAAAAAGAAGACGUUCUCCCUGCGGCCGUCGAUCAACAACUGGCAACGCGACGACAUCGUCCGAAGCGACUGUCCGGCCCCUUCCGCCAUGCACACGACUUGUCGCAAGAACAAGUUCCGCAACACCAGCUGGUGCACUACCGACGCGUCUUGUCAGGUUCGAUUAAUGAAUAAGUGACGUUCCCACAGGAAACUAUACAAAAAUGGUGAAAUAUUAGCAAAAUAACCAUCAGAGAGUCAAAAAAGUUACCUAAGUUUAGAGGGGAUGAUUUGGGAUUCCGCGAAGCUUUUUCAAACUAGCUUGGGGUCUGUUUUCCUCUAUAAAAACUAGGUUUCACUAAAUUUUUUUGAGUGUGCCGAAAUGAAAGAAUAUAGCUCAUUCCGCCCAAAAGACCGUAUACCAAAGUAGAUCAAAGUUCAGCAUCUACGCUUCAAGAUCUUUAUUUUCUGUCUUUUCAGCAGUUUUGAAGAGCAAAAGUUUAUAUUUACGGUAGCUCUUUUGCUCUUUUAAAACGUGACCGUCUCGCGCGGAACGCACUAUAUCUUCGAAUGGUUUGAAAAGUUAGGAAAAGUGUCUUCCAGGUUUUGUAAGGCAAGUCGAAAGGAUUUCGAAUUUCCCAGAAACCCAGACUUAUCUCUCAAAUGGGAAAAACUGCAUUUCGUUUUUUAAAAAAGACCGAAACUACAACAAAGAAAAAAUAGUACUUUUUGAAGUUUGAGCUGUACCUUUUCCCCAUUAAUGUUAAGUUGAACCCUCGUACCGUCUUUAGAAAACUCAUUUUUAUCAACACCUUUUAAAAUUUCUCCUGUGUACAAAAAGCCUUUGCCGAUUUCUUUUUUUCUUUCUAAAUGAAAUUUCACCUUCUAAACAGUAAACAAACUUAUUUCAAAUAAACUAUUAUCAUAAAUACGACGAAAGCCUUUCAGAACGGCCUCACCCCCGACCGGAAAAACUUCCGUACCGACCGAAAUAUUGCUGUCCGACGUCCUGCGGAUACAAUAUUUGUGUCAGCAAAUCCAGCAAUGAUUUUUGUAAUGGGCUGA